CGCAAAACAUAUUUCAAGUUUGAAAAUUUAUUUUCGUAUGGUACAAAACAAUUUAUUUGACGAAGAUUUGAUUGUUAUUUGAUAAUUAAUAUGGGUGAAUAUACUCCGGUAACACAUGUUCUUUUUGACAUGGAUGGACUUAUACUUAAUACUGAGGAUUUAUACACAGUCGCGUUUCAGAAUAUUGUGUCAAAGUUUGGUAAAAAUUACAGCUACGAAUUGAAAAUAAGCCUGAUGGGUUCAAAAAUGUACGAAACUGCUGAUAUGAUAAUUAAAGGAUUAGAUUUGCCAAUGACUCGGGAUGAAUUUAUAGAAGCAAGUAAAAAGGAAUUUGCUGAUUUGUUUCCGGAUACUGAGGUUUUACCAGGUGUAAGAAGGUUAAUUGAGCAUUUACAUAACAACAAUAUCCCAAUUGGAUUGGCAACAAGUUCGAGUAUAGAAAGCUAUGAACUGAAAACCAACAAGCGACACCAGCAACUGUUCUCACUGUUUCCCUACAAAACAUUUGGCUCAUCAGAUCCAGAAGUUAAGAAAGGCAAACCAUUUCCAGACAUCUUUCUUGUAGCAGCAUCAAGGUUCCCUGAUAAGCCGGCUCCAGAGCAGUGCUUAGUCUUUGAGGAUGCUAUUAAUGGUGUCAAGGCAGCCCGAGCAGCUGGGAUGCAAGUAGUUAUGGUGCCAGAUGUCAAACUUGACAGAAGUUAUACCAAAGAAGCCACCCUUGUAUUAAACAGCAUGGAAGAAUUCAAGCCUGAAUUCUUUGGCUUACCACCUUUUACCAAUUAAUGUUUUAGAUCUAAAUUUAGGAAAAUUAAAAAAAUAUAUAUUUGUAAUACAAGAGUGUGUUGUAGGCCUUAGGCUGUUAUGUAAUUAUAGAUAGCUACAACAUAAUGAUUCAGUAAUAUAAGUGAUCUAUCAUGGUAGGCUUA